CCGGUGUCCGUGCCGGGGAUUUGAAACCGAAAUCGGUUUUUUUUUGUGUGUGUGGGUGGUGGUGGUGGUUUUUGUCGGGGAACGGAUAGCAAAAAGAAGAGGGGUGCUUCUGGAAAAUGGCAGCUGUCCUUUCGACGGAGCGCCAGGAGAUCCCACUGACAGAGAUGACGGAAGGGCGUCGGUGCCAGAUUAAUCUUCUGGACGACCGGAAGUUGGAGCUCCUGGUCCAGCCCAAGCUGCUGGGGAAGGAGCUGUUGGAUCUCGUGGCGUCCCAUGUAAGCCUGAAGGAGAAGGAGUACUUUGGGCUCGCCUACACGGAUGAGAUAGGGCAUUGGAACUGGCUUCAUCUCGAGCGCAGAGUCUUGGACCACGAAUUCUGCCGAACUUCGGGGCCUGUCGUACUAUUCUUCUCUGUCCGGUUCUACAUCGAGAGCAUUGCCUUUCUGAAGGACAGCGCUACCAUCCGCCAGUUCUUCCUCAACGCCAAGGCUUGCGUUGCUUCGGGAAACACAGAGGUGGACAGCGAUACGACGUUCGAGCUCGCCGCCUACGUCCUCCAGGAAGCAAAGGGCGACUUCUCAAGCGUCGAGGCGGCCCAGAGGGAUCUGAAGAAGCUGCCGGCGAUUCCAACGCAGGCUCUGAAGGAGCAUCCCUCCCUCUGCUACUGCGAGGAGCGGGUGAUUGAGAAUUACCAGCGCCUUGUGGGCCUCACCCAUGGACAAGCCAUCGUCAAUUAUAUGAGCAUUAUCGAAGCUCUUCCAACCUACGGAAUUCACUACUACAAUGUAAAAGACAAGCAGGGAAUCCCAUGGUGGCUUGGUCUGAGCUGGAAAGGCAUCUUUCAAUACGACUACCAAGACAGAGUUCAGCCAAGAAAGGUUUUCCACUGGGCGCAGCUAGAAAACCUCUUCUUCCGCGAGAAGAAGUUCUCCGUGGAAGUGCACGACCCUCGCCGGGCGUCAGUGGGCCGCCGUUCGUUCGGGCAGGGUGACAUCGUCGUGCACUCCUGGUACGGCACCCCGUCGCUCAUCAAGGCCGUGUGGGCUAUGGCCAUAAGCCAGCAUCAGUUCUACCUCGACCGCAAGCAGAACAAGGCGAAGAUCCCGGCGGCGCGCAGCAUGAGCGAGAUUGCGGAGGACAUGGGCGACCUGGAGCUGACGGGGACGUCGAGGAUGAGCAAGGGACUCGGCGAGGGAGGCGUGGGCAGAGGCUCGUCUGAUGUCGCAGAGAAACUGCCUAAAGUGUCCCUGGAGUGGGAGGUGAGCGAGGCGGCGCGGAAGGAUCUCCUGGAAGCCCUGAAGCUAAAACACCAGGAGCUGGCUCGUCGCCUGGAGGAGCGCACGAGCGAGCUCAAGCGCCUGUGCUUGCGGGAGGCUGAGCUGACGGGCACGCUGCCCGUGGAGUACCCCAAGGGGCCCGGGGAGAAGCUCCCCGCGGUGCGACGGCGCGUGGGCACCACGUUCAGGCUGGACGAGAACAAGGUGUUCCCCAAGGUGGAGCAGGAGGAGGACGUGGAGCGGCUGGAGCGAGAGUUCGCCAUCCAGCAGAAGAUUGUGGAGGCCGCGCACAAGCUCGCACGAGACCCCAACAUCACGAAGAAAGUUCGCAAGAAGCGGAAGGCAGCCUACACGCAGGAUGCGCGUCGCCUGCAAGCCAUCGAAGACGCCAUCAACGAGCUGCGGCUGCGCGUUGGAAAGAAGCCGACGGAGCGCACCUCGGUCAUCAUCACAGACGACAGCAUCCUGAUGGACGACGGCUCGCAAUCGGACGGAGUGAUUUUGGACGACGACGAGCCGGUGGGAACGCUGUUCUCCUCCACGCACUCGACGCCGCAGAAGCACCCGGCCACGUUCACGCCCGUGCUGCCCCGGCGGUCGGAGAGGACCUCGCGACAUCCACCCAGCCUGCGCGGAUCCCAGCGCUACCUGCAGACGGGGACCACCGGCGCUCAGUCCCCCUCCUCCACCUCCACCUGCUCACCGCAAUACAGCCCGCAGAUCCGGUCGUUGGAGUCGACUCCGGCGCGCGCGGCGCUCCCCUCCCCGCGGCAGCCGCUUCAGCGGAGCAGCAGCCUCGAGUCGGUGUCAUCUCGCUCGGCCGCCACCGUCUCCGCCACGGCCGCCGCGGCGGCCUGCACUCCCGGCGUGUCGCGCAGGGUGGCGGCUCCGUCAGCCGCGCGCCUCGCGUCCUCCGCUCAGCUCGCCGGCGUCGGCGGCUUGCAGAGCAGCAGCAGCUCGGAGCACAUCGACGACGGCUCGUCGUCCUACACCAGCCAGUCGAGCGCCGAGCUGCCCGGCGGGACGUCACGCCGCCGCGAGGGCGACGGGGAGCGGCGGCGACGCUGGCGGCAGAGGCCGGACGAGACGGCGGGGGGCUCCGGAGCCGCGUGCGUGGGCGACGGCGGCGGUGGCGGUGGGAGCCUGGGAGGAGCCGGCAGUGCCGCGGGCAGCAUGCCCAACCUGGCGUCGGCGAACAACAACAACAACGGAGUUCACCGACGUCACCAGCCCUCGCACCUGCCCGAGCCGGGGUCCGCGGGCGGCUCUCCCAUGCGAGCUCUGACGCCGUCGCGCUGCCGGGGCUACGACGCGCUGAGCGAGGGCCGCUACAACGUCCACGCCUUCCGCAACCUGCACCACCAGCUGGACGGCACGCCCCCACGCGACCCCGACCCGCAGCGAGGCAUGGAGUCGCUGGGCUGUUACCGUGGCAACUACGACUCGGCGGCUGACCUGGCGACGAUGGGGGGAGGGGGGCGGCACUUCGUGCCGUUCUUCUCGCCCGUCACCACGCUCGCCAUGACUCAGCGGUCUCUUUCGCCGGCGCCCGGCUCUCCGUACUUGCUACACACCCAGCAUCCUCAUCAUCAUCAGCAGCAGCAGCAGCAGCCACUGCAGCAGCAUCAGCAGCGACGACACAUGCUGCAGCAUCAGCAGUACUCGCUGCCAAUGGACCGCCGCGAACCGCACCGCCAGUACGUCUCCUCGGAGCUGCACAGGUGGUACGUCAAGAAGCGCGGCGUCGACUUCCCCGCGUUUAGCGACGGCGCGGAGCGCGUGUUCGCGACGUCGAGCAACGAUCAGCUGUACGUGGAACGCGUCGCCUGCUGCUCCUCCUCCUGCUCCUCGUCGUCGUCGCCCGCCCCCCCCGGUGCCGCCGCCCCCCCCGGCUGCCCCUCCCCGCAGCCGCGGCAGCCCCGCAUCACGUCGGCCCCGCCGUACGGCUCUCCCGGCCACUACGGCGCCACCUACGACACCGCGCCGCGGCACGGCCGAACAUCGGGCGGCUGGGCCGGACGCGCGCCGUGCCCCGUCUCCGCCGCAACCUUGCCGCUCAUCCCCAAGCGAGGCCCCGCGCCCGGCUCCUCCAUGGGGCCCUCCCACCACUCCCCGCCGGGCCACCACCCCGCGAUGUACACGCACCGGCACUCCAUCCCCAAUACACCGCGACGCUUCUACACGGAGCCGGCGCAGCACCGACAGCGGAGGAACAGCGACGCGACCACCCUCGACGACGGCGACGACCACCACCGUCACGGCGGUGGCGGCGUCGGCGACGGCGACGACGACAGGGACCUGCAGUGGAUGGGCGACAGCGACCCGAAACCCGGCACUCUCGUUUGACGAGCCUGUGCCCGAUGCUGGGCUGACGACGAGGUCAUACCACCUCGACCCCCAGCCGUACCCCUUCCGUAUGACCUCCUCCCUCGCCCAGCGCCCAGCCAAUAGAAACCCCCACCCGUCCCCCCCGAGUGUUUGGUAUAGGCCAAUUUGCAACGAACGUCAGCGUGCGGUCACACGGAGAGGAAUUAUUUUCUUCUGCUUCUGGAGCGAGGAGGCCAAAUUGGAGAUUUGAGGCGGUCGCACGGAGGGUCACGCCAAGGGGGUUAGUGGCCUCAAAAAACCAAACAACAAAGAACAACGCGCAGAUGCGUAGAACUGAUUCUUUUGGUGCCUUCCGCUUUGCCGGAGCGGCAUUGGUGGGCGGGGGGGGGGGGGGGGGGGC